CUGUGAAGGAGUGGGAAACAUGACCAGUUGGUCAUCAGCAGAAUCACCACUCUCAAUUAAAAAGCAAAAAGGUUAAAUAAAAAAUAAUGAGAUUCUCCUUGAAGUAAUUUCAUAAUCUUGACUGAAAUUUCUCCGGGAGAACUAUUCAUCUGGCCCCGCCCUAUUGAUUUUCCCGAACCCGUGGAAGUGAAAAGUGAAACUUCCAAGUGAAUUUUCGUAUAAAAAUUUUUAUGAUAAACAUUUUUGGGUAUCCAUUGGGUGGAAAAUAUCGCGGGUAGGGGGAAUGAAUUAUUUAUGAAGUAUUCGGUGUGUUGCAGGAGAAAUAGUGAAUUUUCUGACAUUUUCGCGGCCUUGAGUAGUCUAUGGGAGUAUUGCGUACUCUAGAGGUUCUUUCAUGUGUUAGUUGUGAAACCCGGGUGUGUGAUAUCAUUGAUGACGUACAUACGCCCACGGAAUGGCGACUCGAGUCAUAAGGUAAACAUACACCUCCAGUCGAUCGCGAUCAGCCGAGGAAGCACAAUCUGCACCAGGUGAUAAGAAAGAUAAAACGAUAUCAUGUCGCAUACAGUAACGGUGAGGACCGCAACGGUGACCACAAGCACCUCCAGCAUUCUUAUCAACACGGGAUUUAUGAGGUCUUAUCGAGGUGUUCUCAAAGUUCUGGAGCUGAUACUGGGUAUCAUCUGCACGGGAAUCAUGGGUUAUUUAUUUGAUUACAGCAUUGCUAUACGACCUGGACAUUUAUUUCUGUUUCUGAUGGUCACAACAUUCAUGAUUGCCACUUUUAUUCUCGUGCUGAGUUCCCUCUUUUCGAUAUCUUCUGAAGCUAUGAUCUCCAAGACUCUUUUUGAAGUUUUGUAUCAUGCCAUUGCAUUUGGCUUGCUCCUGGCUGCCUCAAUAAACUUCAUGAUGCUGAUAAGCGAUGAGAGAAGAGGAGCUACGAGAUACUACAAUCUCCACGUAACUGUGGCGAGUCUGGGCCUCAUCAAUUCUGUAUUUUACCUUCUCAGCACUGUGUUCGGAAUUCGAUCAUACAGAGGACUAUAAACUGUCCGGAAUUAUGAUUACAUUUCAUAAUUCAUGACGAUUUUGUGAAGCCAUGCAUUCUGAUCAUCUCCGAUGACGCGGAAAAUUCUUCACUUAUUUUUUAAAAAAAUAUACACCAAUAGAUCGUCCAUAUUUCGUACAUAUUUAAAGCUGAUCAAGUCUGACCGUUGAAAACACUUUACGCUUAAACCAAAACGUCAAUUGUAACGUGAUUAUAUUUUUUGUUCAGACAUAGAAUGCACAAUUUUAUUUAGAUUAUAAAUUAUUAUGAGGAAAAAUUACUUCUGUAGAAGAAUUGUGUAUUGCAUUGAGAGAAAUUCUUUCAUGAUCUUCCGUGAAUUGAUUCUCCCAAAAAAAAAAUCAGUACUAAUGGGACUAGUUUUGCGAAUAUUUAAAUUUCUUCUUGAAGUUAUCUUUGAUAUCGUGAACAUUAUGACAGUUCACUGAAUAUACUUCAGGCAAUUAUAUUGACUUUCUAAAGUCAUUUCCUCUCAUAAUAUUCCACAGAACUAAUGACUUCACCAAAAAAACGUACCAAUUACCCAUUAAAAAAAAUCACGUCCUUGAAAGUUAUUUGUUUUUAAUGGAAACUUUUUCAAGCGUCUACUUAAUUGAAUGUUUAAUUAAUCCAGUCAAAAAUAUCUCUCACGUGGAACAUAUACGCGUCGGACAGAAGUGAUUUUCCCUCUCAGUGUAACGAAGGAUUUUUUAACGAGUGAUUUUAAUUUAUUGUAUUUUCUUUUUCUUAUUGAGAAAAAUGGACAUUAUCCGCAGCUAACCAUUGAAGCUGCAGCAUUUGUAUCAAAUUUACAAUUUGUACAAUUUAUAAUUCACAAUUUGUGUCGAAUACCUUUGAAUAUUUAUACUAAAUAUUUAGAAUAGCGGAAUAAAGCCUUGUAUCUGAUA